AGGCCUCGCGAGGCAGCGCGUCAGCUCAGGGCUCCCUGAGCCCCCCGCCCCCGCAGUCGCCACCGCCCUCGGGCGGGUCACCUAGUCGGCGUCCGAGUUCAGAUCCAGAGUCAUUCCCCCGCGGAACGAUGCCCAGGAAGCAGUGACCCGGAGAAAGGCCAAGCACGGGUGGCCGGAACUGCUGUCAUGUCCCACCAACCUCUCAGCUGCCUGACUCAAAAGGGGGACAGCCCCAAUGAAACCACAGGAAAUGGACCCCCUAAUCUGGCUCACCCAAACUUGGACACAUUCACCCCAGAGGAGCUGCUGCAGCAGAUGAAAGAGCUCCUCACUGAGAACCAUCAGCUUAAAGAAGCCAUGAAGCUAAACAAUCAAGCUAUGAAAGGGCGAUUUGAGGAGCUUUCAGCCUGGACAGAGAAACAGAAGGAAGAACGCCAGUUUUUUGAGCUACAGAGCAAAGAAGCCAAAGAACGCCUAAUAGCCUUGAGUCACGAAAAUGAGAAAUUGAAAGAAGAGCUUGGAAAACUGAAAGGGAAAUCAGAAAGAUCAUUUGAGGAUCCAGCUGGUGACUUCAGGCUUUCUAGACUGGAGGCAGAGCAGGAAAUGGAGCAGCUGAAGACCCAAGUGACUCGCCUUCAGGCAGAAAAGGCAGAUCUGCUGGGUAUCGUGUCGGAAUUGCAGCUCAAGCUGAACUCCAGUGGCUCCUCUGAAGACUCCUUUGUUGAAAUUAGGAUGACUGAAGGAGAAGCAGAUGGGACAAUAAAAGAAAUCAAGAAUAGACCCGGACCCACAAGAACAGACUCUAUUGACACGAGCACAUCCGUAGAAGGUGCCAGGAAUUAUUUGGAAUUUGAAGAAUUAACUGUGAGCCAGCUCCUCCUUUGCCUAAGGGAAGGAAACCAGAAAGUGGAGAGACUUGAAAUUGCACUGAAGGAAGCCAAAGAAAGAAUUUCAGACUUUGAAAAGAAAGCAAAAGAUCACUCUGAGAUUGAAACCCAGACAGAGGGGAGCACAGAACAAGAGAAUGAAGAGAAGAGCACUGCUGGAAGUGAAGUGGAAACACUAAGCCUUCAGGUGACAUCCCUGUUUAAGGAGCUUCAAGAGGCUCAUACAAAACUGAGUGAAGCUGAGCUAAUGAAGAAGAGACUUCAAGAAAAGUGUCAAGCCCUUGAAAGAAAAAAUUCGGCAACCCCAUCAGAGUUGAAUGAAAAGCAAGAGCUUGUUUAUAAUAACAAAAAGUUAGAACUACAAGUGGAAAGCAUGCGAUCCGAAAUCAAAAUGGAGCAAGCAAAAACAGCAGAUGAAAAGUCCAAAUUAGCUGUUCUGCAGUUGACAUACAGCACGCUUCUUCAAGAACAUACUAAUGCACUAAAAACAAUUGAGGAACUAACAAAAAAAGAGUCAGAAAAAGUAGAUAAGGUGGUGCUGCAGGAACUAAGUGAAAAACUGGAACUGGCAGAGAAGGCCCUGGCUGCCAAGCAGCUUCAAAUGGACGAGAUGAAGCAGACCAUCGCCAAGCAGGAAGAGGACCUGGAAACCAUGACUGUCCUCAGGGCUCAGAUGGAGGUUUACUGUUCUGAUUUUCAUGCUGAAAGAGCAGCAAGAGAGAAAAUUCAUGAAGAAAAGGAGCAACUGGCAUUGCAGCUGGCAAUUUUGCUGAAAGAGAAUAAUGCUUUUGAUGAUGGAGGCAGUAGGCAGUCCUUGAUGGAAAUGCAGAGCCGUCAUGGGGCAAGGACAAGUGACUCUGACCAGCAGGCUUACCUUGUUCAAAGAGGAGCUGAGGACAGAAACUGGCGGCAACAGCAACAACAGAAUAUUCCAAUUCAUUCUUGCCCCAAAUGUGGAGAAGUUCUGCCUGACAUAGAUACAUUACAAAUUCAUGUGAUGGAUUGUAUCAUUUGAAUGUUGAUGUUUCACCUCCCAAAACUGUUGGUAAAUGUCAGAUUUUUUUCCCUCUGAAGGUUGUACUUUUGUGUUAUUUGUUUUCAUGCAAAUAUUUUGCCUCAUGCUUGUUUUAGGUGAAGAAAAAUGUAUCUGUUCUAAGUAGAACACUUUGUGGAUCUCUAUAAACUUCC